AUGUCUGUCUUUCGACUUCCGGAAACGGUUCAAGCUGCAAUCCUGAGGAAUAUGUCUGCAUACGACAUAAUCAACACGUCGUUCACCAGUCAAACCUCAAAACGAAUCAUCAGAUCCUACCGAUACUGCAUCUCCCGUCCUAGUUUCAUAAUUCAAAUUGCCCCGGAGAUGUCCAGAGAGUGUAUCCAGAUAAGAAAUGUUGAUACCGAUGGAACAGUAUUGGGAAAAUGGAUUUUCCACAGAAGCUGCAAGAGACCAUACGAUAUGGAUCACAUUGAAGAGGAAGAAGCUGUCAUAAGAUAUUCCACGCCCUACGAAGGAGUUCCAACCACCCACAUCAGCUCCUCCCAUCCAACGAAAACUUGCAAAGCUCUCCUCAUCCAUUUCCGAAGUGUUUUCAGAAAGAUGGAAUUCGAUGUGACAUUUAAUGGAGUGGUUUUAACAAAUGAGUAUCUGAAGGAAUGGAGAUACCUCUCUCUUGCUGCAUCGAAGCUCUCUUUUGAUUGCUGCUUUUUGGAGCGAAAAUUCAAUAGAGUAUUUCUGAAAUUCGUCCAGCCAAAUCAAGAAAUCAGCAUCGCAGAUGGAGAAAUGGAUAUACGUCUCGAAAUCAAUGCAAAGAAGUUCACUAUGAACCAAGCCGAAUACUUCAAUCCGGAAAAGUUUGCACUCUACAAAGCACCACAUAUGGAUUUUCCAAUGGAUGGAAUCUCUUCAUUCGAUUUCUUCCUAUACAUCGAACAAUGGAUCGAAGGAGAUCAUCCAAAUCUCAAGAUGGUGACACGCUAUGGAGACAAACAGAGAUGGCGUCAAUUCUACAAGAAAUGUGAUAAAUGGACAGGAGGACCACGAUUCCAUGAGAGCGAGUUUGGAAGAUUCGACUGCAGCAAUGGAUACGAUAUCAAGAGCGAGGAUGGUACACUUGGGACGUUCAUUACUGACGAGGAGGAAGAACUCACUAGAUUUGUUGUAUGGCCAAAGACCCAUUAA